AUGGCGCGCUCAGUUGCCACCCAGUUGUGGCCUCGUGCCUUCUCCACUGUCUACGUCCUGUUUGGGGCCACGGGCGGCAUCGGCAGCGCCCUCAGCGUGCUGCUGGCAGCCCAGCCCGGCGCGCAGCUGCUGCUGUCGGGGCGGGACGAGGCCAGGCUGCAGCGGGUGGCCGCAGAAGCGGCGGGCGCAGGAGGCCCGGCAGAGGUGUCCACCGCUGCGGCAGACCCACUGGACCUGCAGGCCGUGGAGGGGGUGGUUGAGGAGGCGGUACGGCGGUACGGGAGGAUAGACGGCGUGGCCAGCUGCGUGGGCAGCGUCAUCCUCAAGCCAGCCCACACCACCAGCCUGAAGGAGUUUGAGGAGACGCUGCGCACCAACCUGGUGUCCAGCUUUGGGGUGCUGCGGGCGGCCGCCAAGGCCAUGUCGCGCCCCGCCAACGGCGGCGGCAGCAUCGCCUUCUGCUCCUCGGCGGUGGCGCGGCACGGCAUUGCCAACCACGAGGCCAUUGCCGCGGCUAAGGGCGGCGUGGCGGCCAUGGCGCUGUCUGCCGCGGCCACCUAUGCGCCCCGCAACGUCCGGGUGAACUGCGUGGCGCCGGGGCUCACCCACACCCCCAUGACCGCCAGAAUCACAGGCACGCCGGCUGCCCUGCUGCGCCGGCGCAGCGAGACGGCACUGAAAGCCAGCACCGCCAUGCACGCCCUGAAGCGCAUCGGCGAGCCGCGGGAGGUGGCGGCGGCCCUCGCUUUCUUGCUGGACCCCGCCAACUCCUUCAUCACGGGGCAGGUGCUGGCGGUGGACGGCGGGCUGGGGUCAGUGCGACCCGCCUGA